AUGUCUGCUGCCCGACUGAUGAUUGUUUCGUCUUCUUCAACAAUGGCUGCUCCUCAACACGACGUUAGCAAAUAUACGAUUGGCUGGUUGUGUGCCUUGUCGAUUGAACUUGCAGCCUCGCAGCUCGUUCUCGAUCGGAUACACCAAGGACACUGGGCCGACCCCGCUGAAGGGAUGCAAUACACGCUCGGAAGUAUAGGAAGCCAUAAUGUUGUCAUAGGAUGUCUUCCAGCGGGAGAAAAGGGGAUAGGGGCCGCCGCUACGAUCGCAGCUCGGAUGCGAGGGCGGUUUCCUAAUAUGAAGUUCGGCCUGAUGGUUGGUAUCGGAGGCGGAAUUCCAGACAAAAUCGACGUGCGCCUGGGAGAUGUCGUGGUCAGUGAGCCCAUAGACAGUAGCCCGUCCGUAGUACAGUAUGAUAUGGGACGUGACACACCUCGUGGAUUUGUACGGACUGGCUUUCUCAACGCUCCUCCUCAGAUACUCCGUCAAGCACUCACCAAGCUUCAGGCUCGGCACAUAUGCGACACUCAUAACAUGCCGAAGUAUAUCGCUGUCUUGGAACAAAAAAAGAAUUUCAAAAGACCACCUCCAGAGUCCGAUAUUCUCUUCAAGUCAACCUAUGAUCAUGACCCGGACGAGACAACCUGCAAGAACUGCGACAAGUCCAAAAUACAGCCACGAGAACCACGAGAAACACGAGAUAAUAAUGAGGUAGUUGUGCAUUAUGGAACGAUAGCAUCUGGCAACCAGGUCAUAAAGAAUGCACGAACGAGGGAACGCUUGAGCAAAGAGCCCGGUAAAGUUUUGUGUUUUGAUAUGGAAGCAGCAGGCUUGAUGAAUAAUUUCGACUGUCUGAUCAUACGAGGAAUUGCCGACUAUGCAGACUCUCACAAGAACGAUAGGUGGCAGCCAUAUGCAGCAGCAGUGGCAGCGGCGUUUGCCAAAGACUUGUUGGUCGAUAUACCACCUAUCACUUCGCCCAAUAUCUCAUCCCUAUCGAAUUCUUUCAAACUUCUUCUUGAGGUAUUUGGCUUAAUGGAGUAUGCCUUUGCGGACAUAGUGUAUGCCCUCGCAAAUGUUGGGCGCGAUCUUCCUCAAUUCAAGGGAUAUGUUAAGCUAUUUAACAGAAACGAAGAGGCAAAAGAUGUUUUAGGUCUGUUCUAUCGAGAGAUCGUGGAUCUUCAUCUUGUUAUUCUACGAACAUUCAAGAAGAAAAAUACAAAAUUGAUAUUUCAGUCCUAUUGGCCGAGAACCAAAGAAAUGAUCGAUUUUUUCAAAGAAAACAUGGGCCGAUACAAAAACUUGUUGAAUGAGCAUGUCACUACAGACCAGAUCAAUCAAGAAUAUGAUGCUCGUCAAUCAGCAUACGAUGCAAUGCAGGAUGGGGACAAGCUGGACGGCUACAAGGAUUACGAAACAGCGAGAAACUAUAUCGCGCCACGCUUCUACGAGGAGGAGCUUGAGAAGUUCCAUAGGGGGAUUAAUCCAGAGUCUGGAAGUUGGCUGCAUGAGAACGAUGAUUUCAAAAGGUGGCUUGAUACAGACGACUUAGCGAUGCGGACUUUGUGGUUUCAGGGGAUCCCAGGCGCAGGGAAAACUGUGUUGGUUGCAAAUAGCAUCAACCGAAUGCGGCAAACAAACGCGCAACUAUUGUUUGCAUUUUUGACCUUUGAUGAUGAAGAGCAAGACCAUGCAGUGAAGGUACUCCAAUCCCUCAUGUGUCAAAUGACUAACAGAAACCCUCACAUGUGGCCAAUUGUGCAUGAGAGGUACAUCAUGGAUGCCGGCAAGCUGAAGAGCAACUUACCCUACCUUGAAGAUCUAUUUAUAGAGCUGGUAAGAGAUGCAGAACACACCUUCAUUAUUAUAGACGGAGUAGAUGAAGUCGAUCAAUUACAGAGGGUGCUUUUGCUAAAAUCACUCAUGAGAGUCAAAGAAUCAUGCCAAAAUGUCAAGUUGCUCAUCAGCUCGCGUCUCGAGACGGAUAUAGCUAGGGUUUUGGAGAAAACAGCAGUCGCAAUUCGCGUUGAUCACAAGAAUGCGGAAGAUAUCGAGACAUAUGUCCAUCAUGAAGUGGAUGAAUGGCUACCCCGUCUCGUGGGUUACGGGGCCAGUGAAAGUACAUCUUCUCAGAUAAAGACCGCAUUAGGACGUCUCAAGGAAAAGGCAAAUGGAAUGUUUCUCUACGUCAAACUCGUAAUGCAUAUUGUGAAAAUCCAAGACAAUCUCGAAGAUAUUCGAACAGAGACCGAGAAUAUUCCGAGUGGCCUUGAGCAAGCAUACGGCCGAAUCUUGCAGGGAAUCGAGAAGAGAGAAAGGAAAGACGGGCUUGCCGCUAUUACCAUUCUACAAUGGAUUGGUUGUGCAACACAUCCGCUCAGAGUACAAGAGCUGCUCCAGAUUCUGGCUAUACAGCAGCCCGGCUCGGAUAACUUCUUGAAAGGUCGUUGGGUUUUUCGUAAUAUUCAAGAAACGUGCGGCCCCUUUAUUGAGAUUGAGAAAGGAAUAGUUCGCUUUGUGCAUUUUACAGCAAGAGAGUAUUUGUUCGGGGACCAGAGCAAAUACUUCAUUCGUGCUCCAGACACCCAUUGGUUGAUUGCGUUAACCUGUCUCAACUAUCUGUGUUUUAAAUCACUCAAUGACAUAUUCUUCCAAGAUACAAAUGGAGAAGAAAUAAAGCGGGAGAUCCUCGAGGGCAACUUUAUCAUUUUCCACUACGCGGCAACCCAAUGGAUACAUCACGUGAAAAAAUGUGCAAAAGAACUCAGGCCGGAUUAUCUUCAAUCGCUGUGUGAAACUAUUAACGAGUUUUAUGCGCUCCGAUGUAACCAACUGUCGAACUAUAUUACUCCUCAACGAUCAGCAUGCAUUGACUUUGUAUCGUUUGCCAAAUGGCCUGAUGUACAAAGAUUCUUGGCUCUCGUACAGGACUUUCAGUAUAAGCUUGAGAUAGGACACCUGCACACUGACGACAAGGAAAGCAUUUGGACGGACAAGGAUCCGACCAAAAUCUCCGCUGCGCUCGUCCAACUAAGAGAAAAAAUUGAGGCUCUACUUUGCCAAGGCCAUAAUCACCUUCCAAACUACAAUUUUGCCAAUUUUACAGCACUGGCUUUGCGACGCGCAGAGAACGAGACGUGCAUCUCAAGAUCACCAGCAAAGCUUGCAAGACAUUGUGAGCAAACACACCCACCUCAACGCCGCAUUGAAAGCCGGGUGGUCAACGCUGAGUCGAUCCAAAAAAUUCCAGAGAACGACGUGAGAGCACUUGUCGACGACGCAGUCCGUCGUAAUGACGCUACUACCGUAUCGUAUCUUUUGGGAAAGUUUGAAUAUCCGCCCGAUUACUACGAUAUCUUGCAAAGGCUUGCGGCAACUCAUGCAUCUGGAGAGAUGGUCAAGUGCAUACUAGACCAAGCGCAAAAUAUUAAAAAAGGGCUGGAUAUUGAAAAAAUGGUAUGUAUUGCCAUAGAUGGUGAAAAUGUGUCAGCACUGCAAUAUCUGGUCGUCAGAGCCAACGAGAAGAUGUCACAGAAGCAUUACAAUACGCAUGAAAGGACAGAAAUCUUCACAGAGCGAGUUAGACGCGCAUUCAAUAACUGUAAUGCCGAUAUUAUGAAAGUUUUAAUCAAUGAUGGUGGGGUGGUACUUCCAUCAACCUGUCCCAAAGAUAUUUUCAACGAGCUCAUACAAUCUAAGAGAGAUGAUACUGAAAAGCUGCACCGGCUGCGCUCGAUGAAAAAGUAUGUCAUAUGGCCAGAGGCAUACACAAAUGCUGUUUAUUGGGCUGCACUUAAAGGCUCUGUUAUCGUGGUACAAGUUUGCCUUGACUGCGGAGGAAGUGCAAAUGCUAAAUACGAACCUAAUAGACGUAAGCGAUCACCCACGACAGCCUUGUAUAGGUGUGUCAGAAGGGGCACCGACCGCCACGCAGAAGUUGUCAAACUCCUGCUGAAAAAUGGCGCUGAUCCCAACGCCGAAGGCAUAACGCGGCUUAAAGGGAUGGCGAAUAUUGAGAGGUAUUUUGGAAUGAGCUGGGAAGAUCUAGUUAUUCAGAUCCAGGGUCACACGGUAACACAGAUCACAAGCUAA